UUUUUUAAUUCAACUAUUUGACUUUCUUUUUUUUCCUUUCAUUUUUUAAAACAGGCCCUUGAUUUUGAGAAACAAUAUAUUACUACUUUAUAUAUAUGUAUAACAUAUAUCUUAUACAUAUAUUUAUUUAUAUACCCCCCUUACAACUUUUCAUACCUCUUUGUAUCAGAUAAUAGAUGUCAUCAGCAACGACGCAUUUGAUCUUAUACCCAACCUCCUCCAAUCCAAGGUCUGAACCCAUUACCAUCCCAGCCAAAAACGAUAGAUUACUCGAUAGUAAUAGUAGUAGUAGUAGUAGUAGUAGUAGUAGUGGUAAAGAUAAACUACCCUUAUUUACAGCUACUUCUUCUCUCUCUACUCUUUCCACUGUUUCCUCUUCUGCAUCCUCAUCCACAAGCAGUUAUAAAGAGAUUAUUCGACAAUUAGUGGCUCAAUCCACUUCGAAACCUUAUGGUGAUAUACCUUUACCCACUUCACUCACCCAUGAGAAUAGAAAAAAGAAGCAACAGCAGCUGACAGCCACCACCCUCACGAUGCCAACUGCUACUGCUACUGCUACUGCUACUGCUCCUCCUCGACGACCCAACCAUAAACUGAUUCGAAGAAUGUCUCAUGUAGAAGAUUGGAUUGUCGUGGAUAGUAAAGAAUCCUUGCCUGAUGAACAGGAACUCAUUGUACCUUCAUUAUCCAUUCGCAAUUUCUUUUCCCAUGAUUUUUUCACAGAAGUACUACCACUACACAUGCCUCCACCUUCUCUAAGUGAGACAUCGGUUUUUGAAGCCACACAAGAGGAGGAGGAGGAGGAGGAGGAAGAAGAAGAAGAAGCAGAAGCAGAAGCAGAAGCAGCUCACGUCCUACACAGACAAUCUCUCUCUACCGUAUGGAUUCAAAAAUCGUCACCCACUUCCUCCACCACCGUAUCCUAUGCUCUUUCUUCUUCUCCACCUCAAUGGUUGACCCAUGAUUGGAAGGAUACAUUGACCAAACUCAACAACACUUUGAAUGCAUCCCAAACGACGACGCAUGAUGAUAAUACCCUAUCACGAUCCCUUACCCAGAAAAGCGGAAAAUUAGAGAGACUUAAGGCAAGUACAAUGCUGCCAGCUGCACCACUCACGAAAACAGGCCAGCCAUGGAUCCCUAUGCCUAUCGCUCCGAAACGCCCUGCUCAUAACUCAAAGCGUCGCUCAGAAGCAACCACGCAACCCCGAUUCAAUCCUGAUACCAACACUUAUUUAAGAGAUACUCGAUCCAAUCCUGAUCACUUGAGAAUGAUCUCGGCUGAACUCAACAUGAUGCGAUGUAAAAAGUUAUUGAGUCCUUUGAAACCCAGAGGAUUCUUACCGAGAAGAAAAGACCCCUUUGUGAGAGGAGACCAUCGUAAAUUAUCCAAACUACGGUACGAUAGCACCACUAGCACCACCACCACCACCACCCCUUGGUUCUCUAGAUAGUGCAGUGCAGUGUAGUGUAGUGUCGUGAGGGCGGAGAGUCAAACAAACAUAUGGGCCAAAUUUAAAAACGCGAAAAAGAGUCUUUUUUGUUUUUUUUUCUCCAUUGUUCCC